AUGCAUCCAUCGACGGCCGCGGUCGAUGUGCCCGCCACCUAUACUUCUCUCGAUCUUCCACAUAUCAAGGUGGCACAUGUGCCAGGUACCUCGACUACACCGACUCCUGUGAUCCUGAUCACACUCAAUCGUCCGUCCAAGAACAAUGCAUUUACGGUGCACAUGCAGCAAAGCCUGGAACAGGUUUAUAGAAUGAUCGAUGCCGACGACCGAGUCAAAGCGGUGGUCUUGACCGGAAGUGGAAAGAUGUUCUGUGCCGGUGCUGACUUGGAGAUUGGCUUUCUGGGCGCUGGUACGACUGGAGAAAAAUUCCCUAGCAUGGGUGAAAGAGACGUCAAUCAUAGGGAUGGUGGCGGACGUGUCGCCUUGGCUAUCCACCAAUGUUCGAAACCUACAAUUGCGGCCAUCCAAGGAUCGGCCGUGGGUAUUGGCAUCACCAUGUGCCUACCUGCUACGAUUCGUAUCGCAUAUGCCAAAGCCAAGAUUGGUUUCGUCUUCUCUCGAAGAGGGAUUAUAAUGGAAGCUUGCUCCUCUUAUUUCCUUCCGCGCCUCAUCGGCUUCUCUAGAGCGCUUCAUCUCACAACAACAGGAUCUGCCUUUCCUGCAGACCACAAGCUCCUGAGUGACUUGUUCUCAGAGGUAUUGCCGACACCCGAGGCGACGCUCCAGCGUGCUCUGGAGAUUGCCAACGACAUCGCCAAGAACACUUCCGUGUUAUCCAACAAGCUCAUGCGCGACCUGAUGUACCGGGGCCCGAAUAGUGCUGAGGAAGCGCACCUACUGGACUCGAGGGUCAUUCACGGCAUGUACGGAAGUAAAGAUAACCUUGAAGGAGUGCACAGCUUCUUUGAAAAGAGAGCACCUCGAUUCCAGGCUUCAAUGAAAAAGGACGCACCAAAAGCGUGGCCUUGGUGGUCUCAAGUUGACGUUGAAUUGCAGUCUACGCAGCCUCCAGAAAAGUCGAAGUUGUAA